CGGGCUCUCUUGCCGGCUUCCACUCCAGUUUCAGUCCUAGUAGGGUUGAAACAUCCAGUAGCGGAUUUCUUUGUGGAGAGAACCCGCUUUAUUUUUUUAUCCCAGCAUUCUGGUCUCAUGGACACACUCUUUGUAAAUGCUUUUUAAGAAUCAUCACUGUAGGAAGACGCACACUGGCUACUCAGCAGGCCCCGGCCUUGAGUCAUAUUUGAAGGGAUUUAACUUCACCGGUGAGCCCCCUUGGCUUCUCUGCACCUGAGGAAUAGCAACACUAAAUUUCAUCUCUUUCAUAUCCAAUUUACUAGUGACUAAUCAAAAGGACUUCUUGUGACCAUGAACACUGCCACUGCCACUGAGGUUGACUUCUCUUUCCUGGAGGAGGGCUUCUCUGCCCGGGAUAUUGUUGAGCAGAAGAUCAAUGAGUCAUCCAUGACGGAUGACAGGGAUGCCUUCUACGUCUGUGACUUGGGAGAUGUACUAAAGAAACACCUGCGCUGGGUGAGGGCCCUGCCUCGCGUCACUCCUUUCUAUGCUGUCAAAUGCAACGACAGCCGGGCUGUAGUUAUGACGCUGGCAUCCCUGGGAACUGGCUUUGACUGUGCAAGCAAGACGGAGAUUCAGAUGGUUCAGUCUCUGGGAGUGGAUCCAAGCAGAAUCAUCUAUGCCAACCCCUGCAAGCAAGUUUCUCAGAUCAAGUAUGCGUCUGCCCAUGGUGUCCAGAUGAUGACUUUUGAUAGCGAGGUGGAACUCAUGAAAGUGGCCCGCUGUCAUGACAAUGCCAAGCUGGUGCUGCGUAUUGCCACAGAUGACUCAAAGUCAGUGUGUCGCCUGAGUGUGAAGUUUGGGGCCCCACUCAAAGCUUGUCGAGGUCUUCUGGAGCGUGCUAAAGAACUGGAGCUGGAUGUGAUCGGCGUCAGCUUCCAUGUUGGCAGCGGCUGCAAUGAUCCUGAGACCUACACCCAGGCUAUUGCUGAUGCCCGCUGUGUCUUCGAUAUGGGGGAUGAGCUGGGCUUCAACAUGGACCUGUUAGACAUUGGAGGGGGUUUCCCUGGUUCAGACGAUACUGAACUCAAAUUUGAAGAGAUCACAGCAGUAAUCAAUCCAGCCCUGGACAAGUAUUUCCCUGCAGACACUGGUAUCAGGGUCAUUGCUGAGCCAGGCCGCUUUUAUGUGGCCUCUGCUUACACACUGGUUGUCAACAUCAUUGCCAAGAAAGUCAUCAUGGACGAUGAAUCAGCCUCUGACGAGGAAGACGAGGGGACCAAUGAUAGAACCCUGAUGUACUAUGUCAACGAUGGCGUGUAUGGAUCCUUCAACUGUAUACUCUAUGAUCACGCUCACUGUUUGCCAACACUAAAUAAGAAGCCAAAGCCAGAUGAGGUCAUGUACCCCUGCAGUAUCUGGGGCCCAACAUGCGAUGGCCUUGAUCGCAUUGUUGAGCAGUGCAACCUGCCUGACAUGCAGGUAGGCGACUGGCUGGUCUUUGAGAACAUGGGUGCCUACACUGUGGCCGCCGCCUCCACCUUCAACGGCUUCCAAAGACCUGACAUACACCACGUCAUGUCCCGUACUGCCUGGCAACAUGUGCAGCAGAUUUGUUCCCAGGGCAUGCCAGCUCCUGUGGAGGAGUCUUGCCUGUUUGAAGUGCCAGCCUGCUGCGGUCGAGAGAGCAGCUUGGAGAUGCCCACUAAGCCCUGCCAGGCCCACGUGGUUUCAGCACAUAAUGUUCUUCAGAUCUAGCAUCCUUUUUGUUAUUAAUUAUUGGAGAAGGUUCUCUAUCCUUCCACCCCCCCCCCUUUUCCCCAAAUGUACGUGACAUUUCAAGGCCAGUUACUUGACAGGAGAAUGAGAGGGACAUGUUGUUGCACAAAUUUCUGUGUUCUGUAUGGAAGCGGGGAUCAACCCUCAAUGAAAUGAGGCUGAAUCACACUCUGAGUGUCUCUGUGUGUGUUACAGGGCAACUCUGUACUUAAACUUGUUGCUGCAGUCUUCCCACCAGAAUUUGGAGGAAUGACUGUAGGAACUGGAGUACUGUAGUUCAUAAAGAAGCUAUUUGCUCAACAGAAUUAGUGUAGGUAGGGAGAGAAACCUUUGCUUUGCAGAAUAAAUCGCCAAGCAACUACUUCACUGUUUCACAUCACCAUAGGACUCACAACACGUGAAUCUGUAGCUUAAGUCCGAAAGGUGAAGGGUUUCUUAUGCUAUUAAUACUAUGAAAAAGAAUAGUAGCAGAUUGCUUCCACCCUAGGCAAUCACUAGUGCUGACUCACCUGCAAAAUAUAGGGUGACCCUUUUAAAGCCCUGUUAACAUCUGAAGUGGCAUCCCUUGCUAGUUGCAAAGAGGUGGUUGGAGGGGUGAUUUAAUUCCUCAAACAUGGCUGCUAUGUUUCUAUUUAUCUUUUCCAUGAUCUCCACUUCUGUACAGAACCUCUCAAGUGUUAAUCAGCCAACACUACAAUUGUGAUCAAUAACAAAUCUUCAAGAUUAACACUUAAAAUACAGGGACUCAAGAAGCAGACUGCACCUCUCCUCUUCUCCUCCUUAUUUUAUUUUUACUUUUUGUAACUCUUAGAAGGCAAGAAGUCUGUUCUGAUAUUAAUAAGAAGCAGUGUUAAACCAUACAUUUGAAAUGGAUAUGAAAGAGACGGGAUUGCAAAUUCAUAAUGCUUUCCUAUGGAAACUUUUUGAAGUUUUGUAUUUUUUUAAUAAAUAAAACAUUAGGCGCAGAGCCGAAUAAUA